UGUGGCUGGAAAAUCAUGCGCUGAAGCCGUUGUCCAAAGAAAGCAUUAUUUUCCUGCCUUUGCCAAAAGGAAAUCUGAGCAAAGCAAGGGAGGCCGAGCAAGUGAAAGAAUGAACAAGCUGAGCUCGGGCGAGUGUCUAAAGCAAACAGUUCUUUAAGGACACGCUAUUACAGCAAGUAGGAUCUGUUCAGUAAGAAUCGUUACUAUGUGCAGGGACGGAAAAAUUAAGCAGAUUUCUGUAGCUGCCAAGCCUAGUUCUUAACUCCUGUAUGAGCACAAACACACGGAGCAGCCCUGGUGAGCUGCAAGAAGAGAUUUAUGUAAUGUGCACCUAAACCACAAGUCACAUGGCCCGCUUUCCGUUUUCAUACUUUCUGGUUGCUCAGAGAGGAGUGCACCCAAACUCCAGCUCCGCGCCUUGCCAUGCCGCGCUGAGUGCCCUGCCAGCAGGAUGUCCCUGCGGCGGCUCGCCCAGCACAACCAGCGCUCCAGCAGUGGGGAUCGGGGUGUGCAGAUGGACAGCAGGCGGUUGCAGCAGCUGGUCAGCACGGUGGGGACGCUGCCGCGGAGCCGCAAGCAGCUCGCUCUGACCAGAUCCAGCUCCCUGGGGGACUGCUCCCAGCCACAGAGACACUUCAUUUCUAUAUUGAAAGAAGAUAAGGAGACGUUUGGGUUUGAAAUCCAGACACUUAGAUUUCCAAACCAAACCGAUUACUCCCUGGAGGUAUGCACUUGUGUCUGCAAAAUCCAAGAGGAAAGUCCUGCCCAUUUUUCUGGCCUUCAAAUUGGUGAUAUUCUUGCCAAUGUCAACGGAGUGAACACUGAUGGUUUUAGUCACAAGCAAAUUGUAGACUUGAUAAAGUCUUCAGGGAACUAUUUAAGGCUGGAGACUGUCAACGGGGCCCUGUUCCUGAGGAAGACAGAGCUGGAGACCAAGCUGCAUCUGCUGAAGCAAACUCUGCAGCAGAAGUGGGUGGAGUUGCGCUCCCUGCACUUACGGGAACAGCGUUUGCUGCACGGGGAGGUGAAUGACAACGCUCUGCUGGGGCUGGAAGAAGCCAGCUUAUUUGGGGACUGCAUGCCAGGACCGCUGUCUCUAAGCAAGACCCGCUUCUCCAGUGAGAGCAGCUCCCGGAGCCGCCUGAGCUCCAUGACCCUGGAUAGUGAGGACAGCUUCUACCAGAGCGGUGCCUUCGACGACUCCGCGGCAGAGAGCCUGAGCCGCCAGUCCAGCGUGGAUGACGACUGCUUCCUGCCCAGGGAUGGUGACGGCACGGCCGGGAGGUGCUCCCUGCGCAGACACCGCAGCAUCAGCCUGGCCAGCAGCGGCUCCAUGUCCCCGCUGUGGGAGAGUGGCGGCAGCUCCAGCAGCUUUGGGACGCUCCCGAGGAAGAGCAGGAGACCCAGCGUCCGAAAGCAGCUCCUGAAAUUCAUUCCAGGUCUUCACCGGGCGCUGGAGGAGGAGGAAAGCCGCGUGUGACACCGCAGCCCCCAGGAGCCUGCAGUUGUUCCUUACCCACACGGCCUUACAGCAGGACUGAUGGUAUUUAAAAGGCUCUGGUUUAUUAAUUAUUUAAAUUUUUGAUUGGAGUGAAUCGUGGACUUCUUCAUUAACAUAAAAAAUGGCUAGCUCCGAGAGGUGAAGGACUUUGAAGACUCCCUCAGCAUAUGUAGUGUUAAUGAUGGGUUUUAAUCGAGUGCAAAUUUUCUAAGUAUUUAUUUUCUGUUACCAAAGUCAGUCUUCAGAGGUCUUCAAUAAAGCAAGAGCUUCUACUCA